UCUGGGGUGACGCGCCCAGGUUGCCCCACUAAAAUUCCAUCACCAGCUGCAUUCCAGCGACCGCCAUCUUGAGUUUCCUUGUCGAGAUAUCGAUUGAUAACUCGAAUUUCCAAAACCCACCACAACAUGCCUGACUCCCCACGUAGGCGGUCGCGGUCGCGAUCGCCACCAAGGCGACCGAAAGCCGGCGGUGGCUUCAAAUGGAAAAACAGGCGCACCGAUUCAGACGACCGGCGCGACGACCGGGGCCUACAGCGUGGAUACCGUGAUCGUUCGCCCAGGAGAGACAGGGAACGCGACCGCGACCGCGAGUCCGGAAGGGACAGGGAUAGAGACAGAGGUGGGAACCGAGACCGAUCACCCAGGCGAGACAGGAGUCGAGACCGCGAUCGAGAGAGAGACGGAGACAGGCCCCGCCGCAGCGACAGAGACAACAGAGACCGCUCCCCACGAAACAACAGCAACAACAACCGCUCAACCGACCGCGACCGCGAUUCCCAACCCAAACCCAAACGCUCCAAACCGCCACCGCCCACAACCAGCGCAGCACCAGCACCUGCGGCAUCAACAGCAGCCCCAGGCGAACAAAUGAUCCUGGUCACGGUCAACGACCGGCUCGGCACCAAGGCCCAGAUCCCGGCCUUCCCCAGCGACACGGUCGGCCAGUUCAAGAUCAUGGUCGCCAUGAAGGUCGGCCGCGAGCCCCACGAGAUCUUGCUCAAGCGGCAGGGUGAGCGGCCGUUUAAGGAUAUGAUUACGCUGGGGGACUAUGGGGUGUCGAAUGGAGUGCAGUUGGAUUUGGAGGUUGAUACGGGGGAUUAAAAGCAUGGUGUGGUGUGAUGUGGUGGGUUAUGGGAUGGGUGUUGUUGUCUCACGGGAGGGAGUGGCUCUGUACGAACUUGUUGAGUAAACUAAGGCUCGUGAGAGUAUUUUGGACUGAUAAAGCAGCUAGCUAGGUAGUGAUGAUAAUAGAAUACCCGAACACCUAACUCCAGUCGUAACCGUCACCCCCAUCCACAAC